AGAAAGACAUAUUAAUUAAACAAACGGAAGCCACUGACGCUGUAUGCAGUGGAAACCGAAACACCAUGUCCAUGGCCUUAUCUUCUCAUACUCCUUCAACCCUCAGUCUCACUACAACCCAAUCCUCUACGCCUUCAACUCGUAAAUUCAUCUCCUUUCCUCCUCCUCUCGCUGCCUUUCAGUUCCCAGCCAAACCCACCUCCCACAAACUCUCAACGACCUCAGGCCCUGAGAAAUGGAGAGCCAAAGUUUCUUUCUUUCCUGCUUUCUUGAACAAAGGCAAAGAUGCAAAGACUCUCAAGGAGGAGCUUCUUCAGGCCAUUGCCCCGCUUGAUCGCGGAGCCGAUGCCACUGCCGAAGACCAGCAAACAGUUGAUCAGAUAGCACGGAAACUUGAGGCUGUUAACCCAAUAAAGGAACCACUCAAAUCUAAUUUACUCAAUGGCAAAUGGGAGCUUAUAUACACUACUUCAACAUCGAUUUUGCAAACCCAGAGACCCAAAUUUCUGAGAUCGAGUGCAAACUACCAAGCAAUCAAUGUGGAUACACUUAGGGCCCAGAACAUGGAAUCUUGGCCAUUCUUCAACCAGGUAACGGCAGAUUUAACACCUCUUAAUGCAAGAAAAGUGGCCGUGAAAUUUGAUAAUUUCAAAAUUGCAGGUUUGAUACCCAUUAAGGCACCGGGAAGAGCUCGUGGUGAACUGGAAAUUACAUAUUUGGAUGAAGAAUUGCGAGUAUCCAGAGGAGACAAAGGCAACUUGUUCAUCCUGAAAAUGGUCGAUCCGUCGUACCGAGUUUCUAUUUAAUGUGUAGAUCACAUUGCAGCAUCCGUAAUGGUUUGGCAAAUUAUGCAAGUGUUGCUCAGACACAGUUUUGGUCAUAUUUUGCCUAACACAAACUAGCCUAUAACUAGCGCUAUGUGUGGGUGUUUUUUCAUUGUAUUAUUAAUAUAUUAGCAUCUAACGUGCUAUUACACAUUCAAUAUCCUUACAAAAUCACAUAUAAUUUACCAA